AUGGAUGCCUACGACCUAGAUAAUUACUACGGCCGCCCUCCGCCGCCUCCGCCUCAGCCUCAGCAAGGGCAAGGCGGAUGGGGCCAGCAGAACCCAUACGGCCACCUGCCGCCUCCCCCUCAAGCUGGCUUUGGGGGGUACGGCGGUGGCGAGUACGGGAACGGGAACGGGAACGGCAUCGGUGCGGCUGGCUACAAUCCGGAUGAGCAGCAGCGAGACGCUCAACAGCCGCCGUUUGGGCAGAUCAAGCAUCAGGCCGAUCAGGCCGAUCAGCAAGGUUUCCAUUAUUCCAGCUGUACUGGACGGAGGAAGGCUUUGCUUAUCGGGAUCAACUAUUUCGGCACCAGCGGCGAGCUCGCUGGGUGUAUCAAUGAUGUGCACAACGUUCGGGAGUUCAUCAGCCAGCGGUUCAACUACCAGCCGGAAGACACAGUCGUCCUUACUGAUGAUCAGCGGGACCCGCGCACCAUCCCGACCAAGGAGAACAUCAUCAAGGGGAUGCAGUGGCUGGUCGCCGAUGCGCAGCCGGACGAUGCGCUGUUCUUGCACUUUUCGGGCCAUGGGACCCAGGUCGAGGAUGUCGAUGGAGACGAGGGGGAUGACGAUGAUGAGGCGAUCUGUCCGCUGGACUAUGAGGAAGCAGGCAUGAUUGUCGACGACGAUACUAAUGUCAGCCACGAGAUCCUCGUCCGACCCCUCCCCGAAGGCUGUCGCCUCACCGCCAUAUUCGACUCGUGCCACUCUGGUACCGUCAUGGACCUCCCCUACAUCUACACCACCGACGGCAAGAUCAAGGGCCCCGACUUCUUUACGGAGGAGACGACGCAGGAUCUCAUGGGCGGCGGAAUGGCGUUGUUGAACGGGGAUACGGGCGGCGCGAUGUCCAAGUUGUUUGGGGCGGCGAAGGACAUGUUUGGGGCGCAUACGGCGAAUGAGAAGGGGAAGAAGAUGAAGAGUAGCUCGGCGGAUGUGGUCAUGUGGAGUGGAUGUAAAGAUGCGCAGACGAGUGCGGAUACGCAGGAGGCGGGUAGAGCUACCGGCGCCAUGUCUUAUGCCUUCAUCGCCGCGCUCAAGAAGUACCCGCAGCAGUCGUACAUCCAGCUCCUCAAUACGGUCCGAGAGGAGAUGAAGGGGAAAUACUGUCAGAAGCCGCAGCUAUCUGCGUCCCACCCAAUCGACACUGACCUGGAGUUUAUCGCUUGA